GGAGAGGGUGCCUCCCCUGUGCCCACAGCCCUCGGCACCUGCCCUUGCUAUAGCACCAUUCUCCCCUGCUGUUACCUCCUCAGGUCAGGGACAGCAUCAGUGUACCCAGUAUCACCCAGCAUGUGGCCUACACUGAGUAGCUGUCAGUGAAAGUUGGUAAAUGAAUGCGUACAUAAAUGAAGUAGAACUUGACUGGGGGAAGGAAGAAAUGAAUCCACAAUAGAAUGGCCAGUGAUAAAAGAGGAGGAAGUCAAGAGAAGAGAGUGAUGGAGUGAAGAUGCAGAGUAACAGCAACAAUUUAUUAAUCAUUGGUACUAUUUAUGAACACCUACUAUGUGCUCGCACAACAUAGGGAGAAGAGCAUCAGGAGUGGGUAUUGGGGACCGCUCCCCAGCAGGCAUCCCCAGGGCAAGCCAAAGGAGGGGGAGGCAGUGGGCAGCCAAACUCCCCCCAAGCUACUUGACCACCCCACCUUACCCAGCUCUCGCUCUCUUAGCCCUGCCUGGUGCCCAGUGCUGGGUUGGGUGAGACUGGGGAGAGUGGUGAGUGAGACCUGCUAUGCCCUUCAGGAGCUCGGUCUCAUGGGGAACUAGACUUGGGGUCAGAAGUGAAGGACCACAGCAACAUGGGGUGAUUGGUGUGGAUGGUGCAAAAUCAGGGACAUGGGAGCCCGGAAGCGGAAGUGGCCCCAGCCAGCCUGGAAGGCUUCUGCCCUGGUCCCAGGGUAUCUGCUUUCCCUUCAACCUGCCCCAAAUAAAUAGCUCACCCUGAAAAUGGUGCUCUCUUCCCAAAGUUCCAUCCUUCCUAGGGCACACCCUAUGAGUCAUCCCAAGGCGCCUACCUGCAUCCUUCUCCAUCUGUCCAGGAUAAGGAGCUGCCACUUAGUGAUACUUUGCCCUGGUGGAGCCCCUGAUUCGACCCUCAAGCCCCUGAGAUAAACUGGCCAUCCGUCGUUCCUGGCCUGCCCCUGAAGCAAGGGGACACAGGUCCCGCCCAGCGCGCCCCUCAGGGCAGCGGAUGGACUUCCGGUGGGCGCUCCUCGAAGUCCGUCCGGAGCCAAUCGGCUGCGCGGAGGCAGUGCGCGUGCGCGUUGGGCUCCUCUUCUGGGCGCUCAGACUACAACCCCCAAGAUGCACCGCGCCCGGCAGCCCGGCGGAGCUCUUUUCAAACGGACCAAUGGGCGCCCCGCGCACCCCGUGCCGCGUUUAAAUCCUUGGCGGAGGCGCGUCUCAAAUCAUCUACCGGCCGCUCGGGUGACUUCCCGACUGCUCUCCCCAUGGAAGGGGGCGGCGGCAGCGCUGGGCCUUCAGCCAGCCAGGCAGGGGACGCGAAGACGGACGUUCCUGAGAAGGAAGACAUUCGUCUUUUGGCCGAUGAAAAAUUUGACUUUGAUCUUUCAUUGUCUUCUUCAAGUGCAAAUGAAGAUGAUGAAGUCUUUUUUGGACCUGUUGGACAUAAAGAAAGAUGUAUUGCUGCCAGCCUGGAAUUAAAUAAUCAAAUUCCCGAACAGCCUGUCUUGCCAGCAUCGGAAAGUUGCAUUACUUGGAGCCCUCUCACGGGGGAGAAGUUUGUGGAAGUGUACAAAGAAGCGCACUUAUUGGCUCUGCGGAUAGAAAGCAACAGCAGAAACAAGGCAGCCCAAGCUGCCCAGCCCAAAGACCCGUGGAGCCAAGGUGUGGAACAAUUUAUACAGGAAUCAAAAUUGAAAGUAAGCCUCUUUGAGGAAGAAAAGGAAAUGAAGAAAAGCCCCAAAUCGCUUAAAAGGGAGACAUAUUACCUGUCAGACAGCCCCUUGAUGGGACCGCCACUGUCAGGCAUGUGGCCCCCUGCGGGUGAGCCCCCGCUGCCGGACUCAUGCCUGGCCCCACCGAGUUCUCCUGCCCAGGCUAGCCUUGCCCAGACACAGGGGCCACCGUACCCUUCUCAGCCUUUGCCAGGGGAAUCGAGUUCUGCUCACCCUCCGAGUCAGGCAGUGACUCAGAGAAAAGUCACCAGCAAAUUGCAGCUGCCCCGAGCUUCGUCUGUUAGAGGAAGACACAUCCACUUGGCCAUGGAGAAGCCCAAGAAAGCGGUACCAGCUAGUCCUUCCGGGACGAAAAUCCCAGAUGGAAAGGAAUGCCGCAGGGAUGUGCUCCCUGACAGGCCUGCUCCGGGUGCUGCUGGCCCGCCAGCCGGUGGAAGCCACUUGGUCCAAGGCAAGCGGUUGCUCCCUGUUCCAAACAAGCUGGGGCUGAAGAAGACCCUGUUAAAACCACCUGGCUGUGCUGGCAGUCUUGUAAGGAAGUCUUCUUCCUCAGGGUCUGCUUCAAGUGUGGCGUCCAGUGUGUCUGUGUCGCCAGCAGUGGGCAAAGCUAAAUCAAGUGAAUUUGCAAGUAUGCCUGCAAACAGUUCCCAGCCUCUGUCAAACAACAGCAAGUCAGGCAGAGCGGGGCCUGCCCUGCUGCCGGCGGGCCCUGCAGGUGCACCCUGCAGGCCAGCCAAGCGGGCUGAUGUUGAGCUGGCAGCAGAGCAGCCCACGAUGCCCCCUGCAGCUUCUCCCACCCAACCCCAGACUCCAGAAGGUCAAGGCCCGAGGGUGGACUCUGAUUCCAUUUUGUCAAAAUCUUCUCAAUUGAAUAGAACUAGAAGUAUAAGAAGGCGAGAUUCCUGUCUAAAUUCCAAGACAAAGGUUGUGCCUACUCCUACAAGUCAGUUUAAAAUUCCCAAGUUUUCUAUUGCACAUAAAGGUGUGUCCCACCGUCCUUUCACUUGCACGGUUUUGGAUGAAGGUCGCUGGCGGUUCUUUGUGUCCAUCCCCUGUGAAUCCCCAGACAGCGCAACGCCCAAGUUCUCGCGGGCUCCACGGCCACAGUCAUGCUCGUCGGUUGGCAGGGUCAUCGUCCACAGCACUCCUGCUAGACAUUCAUCAGAGCCAGCCGCACGCAGCCUGCUGAGCGGCGCAGGGACACCCCUGAGUACGAGACGGGAGUCAGCCCUGCCCACGCCUGCUGGCCGGCGCCUCUCCAUCCUCCCAUGGACGGCCCCUAAAACCAUGCCCAGGGCUUUGGCUUCUCCCCUGCCUGUGCCUGCUCGGCGACUGUCCUCUGUGCCCCGGAAAAAAUCUGCAGUGAGAACUGACCCAACAAGGGACGGCAACAGAGAGGUUGAUGUCAGGCAGGCAGACUUGUCACCUGAUGGAAGUUUUUCUCCUCCAUCCAGUGUCCCUCAGGCACUUAACUUUUCUCCAGAAAAAAGUGAUUUUACUUUUUCAAAAAGCAUCACCACAGAAGCAACUCUGGACGACGAAGCAGAGCCACGUGCAGCCCCGGCACCGAGUGAGGUUCUUACAGAUAUCAAACUGGACCUGCUGACCACCACUCCCAGCGCCGAGCACACACCCCUGGUUGACCUCCCUCUCAUCGACUUGGGCAGCACCCCCGAGGCAAGUGGGCCUGUGGGGCCGGAGAGCAGACCUCUGAUCGACCUCAUGACGAACACUCCAGACAUGGGCAGAAGCGUCUCGGCAAAAUCUGUACAAGCAGCAGGGCAGCUCAUAGACCUGGGCUCGCCUCUGAUCCAGCUGAGUCCUGAGGCUGACAAGGAAAACGUGGACUCGCCGCUCCUCAAGUUCUGAGUGGAACAAAACCCUUGCCUUUUCCUCGUUGUUAAAGUUGUUUUCAAUCCCUAGAAACAUAUUCUAGUAGAAAUCUUAUUUGAAAAGGGAAAAAAGCCUAAAUACAUUUACUGUGCCUGGAGGGGAUGGGCUGCGGUGUGGGGGCUCAUUGCCGACCCCCGAGGUCUCCACUGCCCGCAGCUCCCCUCUCCCUGCCUGUCACUGGGCUGAAGUUACUCUAAAUGAAAAACUUUGCUUUGAAUCUUUUGUAUGUAAAAUGGUAAGUGGCUAUUUUUAAAGUUAAGUGUAUAUGAAAAGUUAAAUGUUCUAGAUUUAAAUUAAAUUGUAAAAUAAAUGGAAGUGUAU